CCCGCCGGGACGGCGCAGCGUAAUCAUGUCCACAAGUCAAAGAAGGAAUCUAGCAAGUUCAUGUUGAGGUAUAUUCUCAAGACAAGACACAGUGACUCAUUUACUUUUCUGGAUAACAUAAUCCAUGGAUAAAGUGGGAAGGAUGUGGAACAAUUUCAAAUACAGGUGCCAGAAUCUCUUUAGUCAUGAGGGUGGAAGCCAAAAUGAGAGUAUAGUUGUGAACUCCAAUAAUUGCUCAUCUGGUAAAGAGAAAGCCAUCCAGAUAACUGACUUGACUCAACAACAACCCAGCAGCCCUUUGAGAGAAAACCUUGCUCUGCAAUUAGGCUUAAGUCCUUCCAAGAAUUCAGCAAGGCGGAACCAAAACUGUGUCACAGAAAUUCCUCAGAUUGUUGAAAUAAGCAUUGAGAAGGAGAAUGACUCGUGUGUCACCACGGGAGCCAGGCUUGCUCGAAGGGACUCUUAUUCUCGCCAUGCUCCUUGGGGUGGGAAGAAGAAGCAUUCCUGCUCUACCAAAACACAGAGCUCCUUGGAUACUGAAAAAAGAUUUGGUAGAACACGAAGUGGUUUGCAGAGGAGGGAGAGAAGGUACGGGGUGAGCUCAGUCCAUGACAUGGAUGCAGUAUCCAGCAGGACAGUAGGUAGCCGUUCUCUGCGCCAGCGUCUCCAAGAUACUGUCGGGCUGUGUUUUCCCAUGAGAACUUACAGCAAACAGUCCAAACCUCUCUUUUCUAACAAAAGAAAGAUCCAUCUCUCUGAACUAAUGCUUGAGAAAUGCCCUUUCCCUGCAGGCUCUGAUCUGGCCCAGAAGUGGCAUCUGAUUAAACAACACACAGCGCCUGUGAGCCCUCAUUCAACUUUCUUUGACACAUUUGAUCCCUCCUUGGUUUCCACAGAAGAUGAAGAAGACAGGCUCAGAGAGAGACGUAGACUUAGUAUUGAAGAAGGGGUUGAUCCCCCUCCCAAUGCCCAAAUACACACUUUUGAAGCUACAGCACAGGUAAAUCCAUUGUAUAAACUGGGACCAAAGUUAGCCCCUGGUAUGACUGAGCUGACCGGGGACAAAACCAUAACACCUCCAGGGAACUGUGACUCCGAAGAGGACACAACAACGCUUUGCCUGCAGUCGCGCCGGCAGAAGCAGCGUCAGAUGUCAGGAGAGAGCCACGGCCAUAUCAGCAGGCAGGGGGCUUGGAAGGUGCAUACUCAGAUCGAUUACAUCCACUGCCUCGUGCCAGACUUGCUCCAGAUCACAGGUAACCCGUGUUACUGGGGCGUCAUGGACCGCUACGAAGCAGAAGCACUUCUGGAGGGUAAACCCGAAGGCACUUUUUUGCUCAGGGAUUCUGCGCAGGAGGACUACCUCUUCUCGGUGAGCUUCCGCCGCUACAACCGCUCGCUGCACGCACGCAUUGAGCAGUGGAACCACAACUUCAGCUUUGAUGCCCAUGACCCCUGUGUGUUCCACUCCUCCACCGUCACAGGGCUUCUGGAACACUACAAAGACCCCAGCUCAUGCAUGUUCUUUGAACCGUUGCUUACUGUAUCUCUGAACAGGACCUUCCCCUUUAGUCUGCAGUAUAUCUGCCGGGCAGUAAUCUGCAGGUGCACUACGUACGAUGGAAUUGAUGACCUUCCUCUACCCUCAAUGUUGCAAGACUUUCUUAAGGAGUAUCAUUAUAAGCAAAAAGUCAGGGUGCGAUGGCUGGAGCGGGAACCUAUAAAAACAAAGUAAAUGGAAAUCAAAUUAAGCUUCUGGAACAUGCUUUUUUUUUUUUUUUUUUUUUGUAUUACAGUUUAACUGCAGCAAGCGCACCGAACGACGUCUAGCUUUUCUGCAAUAUCCUAUUUAAGCUGAGUGUUAGUAUCCUGUCAGAUGCUGCCUGCUGUUAAUCAAACUAAGUUGUGAUGCCUCUUGGAAACAAUAAGCAGACACAAUUCUGCACGUUUUUCAUUAAGGCCUAAUGAAAAUAUUUUUGCUAAUUUCUAAAUAUUUUGUUUCCCUUUUAUAGCUGUAGUAAUUGGAUGAAGAAACUAUGAGGCAUUUCCCAUGGGGCAUUCAUGUAAUGCUGUUAAAGAAAGGCUUUAUUGGAGGGGCAUUUUUGCUAAUAUUUGAAGUAUUUUUAAAAAAUUAUCUUCUUGGAAAAUUUCCUCUACUCAAAGUAAUAAUUUAACUCAGAAACAAGUUUCCAAAUACUAGUGAAUAUUUUCUUGUAAUGAAGAGCAGUUCAUUAGAAGCAGUCCAUUAAGAGUUAAUGGUGCUCUGAUGCUAACAGAUGAAUCAUGCUUUUCAGAGUGUAUAAAGUUUCCUAAUCAUUAAGACUUGAAUAUACCUGCUCUGUACUGUAAUUCUGUUACAAACACUUGGAGAUUUAAGUGGCAUUGCUAGCAAAAGUAAUACUGUCAGACAGUUUAAAAUACCUUCCAGUGUGAAUUGCUGCUUCUGUGGCAGGACACAGAAUUAGAUUAUUGGUGUGAAACAUAAUGUUUUGGGGUUUUUUUCCAAAACGUUGGUGGCCUGGCUGCUAGUAAUUUACAAUGGAAGGUAAUAGUGAUAAGAAAAAAAUGUUUAAUUAUUUAAAGUCAUCUGAUAUUUUUAUGGAGAACAUGACAAGUGGUAGAAUUAUUUUAAUCAGAGUACAAAAUCUGACAUAUCUGAAACAAAUGUCAGGUUUCAAAGGUACUGGUACACUUUAUUUGUAAAUAUCUUUCCAUCUGGACUUUUAAAAAUCUUUUAAAGUAAUAUGCACUGAUGAUAGUUUCAACAGAUUACUUAGAGUCAAGAUUCUAACUUCUAUUUGCUUAUUUAAUUGGAGAUGGAACUUAAAGUAGUUCUGUCUUAGAUAUUUUGCACUAAAGUUUUGUUGGAAUGCCCUGAUCCCUGUUUAAUGUUUUGUACCAAUUCUGAGUGCUCCCUAGUUUCUUUACCAGCUGCUACAGUAUCUUAUUUCUUACUUCUCUACAGGAGUGACCUGUGCGAGGUAGGAAACAUUUUGGCUGCAAGUACAAUAAACGUUAUUCUUGUAUGCUACACUAACCCUUCUAUUGAUGUAUUUUUCUGCUUGCUGUGCCUUGUUCUGGCUUUUUGUGCUAAUAAAGUACAGUAUGUUCAGUGUUAUACUUGUAUAUCUGCUCUGUUUUUAUAUAUUCACGUAACUUGUAGCAGUUAAAUGAAUUUUUAAUAGGCUUUUCUUAGUAUUUAGGAUAGGCAAUGCACAAGUACUGUGCAAUUGAGUAUUAGUUGGUCAGCACACCAUAUUCCUGGUUUUUGUUACAGCAACUUGACAGUGUACGCCAUUGAAUAACGUUUCUGUAGUCACUGCAAGGUAACGGACUUGUCUGCAGGCAUAGAACAUUUUACAGGUUUUUGUAAUGCAAAGGAUAUAUGUUAAGCAAAAAGUGUUCUAAAACAUUAUUGAUCCCCUGUAAUGGUUGCUGAAGGUGUUUCAGCUUGUUGUAUAGGUAACUGCUAAGGCUAAUAUUUUGAUACUCCCCACUGAGGAAUGCUCAUUCCUGUAAAUUGACAGUACAGCAGCGGCAUUUGUUCACUUUUAGGCUAUUUUAAUAAAUAGAUGUACACACGAGCUGGCCAAAUGUCCUGUUUUUACCAAAGAAUACUGUCAAUUUAUGUUGGGGUACUUUUUUAAUUUUAAAAAAACAAACUCAAGAGUGGAGAGGUGCAAUUUUUGUUCUAUCAAAUAUUUAUCCCAAGCUACGAUAAACCAAAGUAUUUGACAACUUCAUCUGAACCUAAGUAAUGUAUACAUUUAUGUUGGUAGAGCCUAAAGCUUUUACAUCAAUGGUGUCGUCAUUAUUCCUGAACUCACAAUGCACCUGAAGAGGAAUGAUUUAAAUAAUUUUGUAAUGACUGGAACAGCACUACAUAAAAGCUCAUACUGCGAGGGGUUAAUCUGAAGCACCCAGAAAGCACUUUAAAACAUGUGUUUAUAUGCUUGUGGAAACUUUGUGAUCCCGUUAUGCAUUCUUUGUAGUAGAUUAUCUUUCAUGUGUUAAGACUUCAACUGUUAAAAUGGAACUUUGUUUAGAAUAUGUAAAUACUAAGUUUAUGUAAUUAUGUGUACAACUGUGCUAAUGGUCUCUUAAGUUUUGAAUUGCGUGUGUGUCAUUGGAUAUGCAACUCUUGGUUUAAAAUCUGUUCUAAGCAUAAAAGAGGAAAAAGUCACCAGCAUGAAAUUGCACCUAAGUGUACCUUCACUGUGUCGUUCUUACUGUUCCCUCAGUCGGAUCUGAAUGCCAGAUGAGUUUACUUAAAUUUUUGCUUUCAAUAUUAGUGUCAUACAGUCAGCCUGCAACCAAGCUUUGUCCCGGUGUAGGGACCUGUUUUUCAUUUACACCUGUUGCAGUUGCUUGUCAUGAACUAGCUGUGACAUUGUCAAUGUGGUCAGGAAUACACAUUAAUCUAAUUUUUAAUCAUGUGGUGGAAUCUUUGGGAAAAAAAAAAUAAAAACCCCAAACCCUUAUCUCAGAAGGUUUGCUCUUGCAUUUGUAUAAAUAACCUUUAUGGAGAGAUUUGCUCCCCUAAAACACACAAAAAAGGAAUUAUAUAUUUCUCUAUACUUUUUUUAAAGCUCUGCUUCACUGAAAUAUACAGAAUAAUUUGCUAGUGUGGUUAUGCUAAAAUGAAUCACUUUUUAAAUUUUGGUGGACUUGACUAUUCCAGUUGCAGUGUAUUUCUUAAUGAAUACGUUUUCAGUUCUAAAAGCAUUAAAAUGCUAGUAGGUGGAGAAUGCAAAUAGUUGAUUUCUCAUUUGUGUUUCUCAUUCUGGUUUAAUUUAGAAAAUCUUAAACACGUCUUAAAGAGGUGCACAAACCACAGCUUUAUUUUUUUUUUUAAUUUAACAGUAGAAUUCAAUGUAAAAAGUUACACUUGUAUUAUUCCAAUCUGAUUUGGUUACAUGACAGAUGAGUUUUUGAGCCUCAGUCUUGUUAAGUGUUCUUUUGAGGCGUUUCUCAUUUCUGCAGAAAGAGCUAUAGAAAAGGCUUACUCCAUAGGAGGGUUUUGUGAGGAAUCUUACAAAGGUAUUUUAUAGCCCUGUGGAAUUGGAGAAAUUAAAAUAUACUUUAUUUUGAGUAUACAGGAAGGUCUAUGAGUUUAGGAUCUUUUUACCAGUUUUAUCAUGCCUAUGGUGUUUCAGUUUUAAAUGCAUAACUCUUGAAAAUACUUGUAAAGGCAAGUAGAUACUUGUCCAGAUAAUUUACUUGUCAGAAUGGAACUUUUGAAGAAAAUAAGUUACAAAUUAAUGUUUUGCAUUCAUGUACUUUUAAAUUUUAUGCGCAUUUGAAGACUUGUUGAUUACAAAACGAUAGUCCUUAAAUCAGAAGCACUGAGUUGUGAAAAGAUGUGUCUGUCUAUCUGUAGUGUUUGACAAUAUGAAGUCAUGCCUUACAGAUGUCACUCGAAUCCUUAAGUCCACAUUUAACUUUAAGGUUUGGCACUACUUAGCAACAAGCAAAGACUCUGACUUUUUGUGAUAAAAAACCUGUUUGCUCCAGUCUCCAUGUGCAAGCCAAAAUAUUUGCAGAAUGCUUUUAAGCUUUUCUCUGAUGCAGAAUUGCAUGUAAGACAGAAGUUGUCACUGUCAAAGUUGCUGAGUACCAGAGAGAUGUAUCUGCAGGCAUCAUGGUUAUUUUCUUUUCAAAUUUAUCUUGGAAGACAGUAUUUAAAGGAAAAAUAUGAACUGAAUGGUAGCUGAUUCUUUCUAAAAUAGCGUUUCUCCAUUUAAGACAUUUAAAACUUAGAUUUAAAAUUAUGAAAGCGCUUUUUGAGCCUCAUUUUCUGAAAGUUUUGUUGUGAAGUGAGCACGUAUGUGCCAGACUUUAGUCUGCAAGUAUCUGGCACAUGUAUAUUUAUAUGUUAAUAAGAUGCCUCCAAGCAUGUUUACAUUCAUGGUCUUUUUUUGAAGCUACUGAAAUACACCAAAAAAGUGAGCAUUAAUAUAUUGGAAUUCUGAAAAUUCUCUCUGUUUUCUAUCUGUGUAUGGCAUGCUUUGCAAUUAAAGGACUAUUUUAUUUGUACCUUCACCUGCCCUUAUAUUUAUGACCAGUCGAUUGCUGUGUUUUUUCCUGCUGUCGUCACACUUACCUAAACAGUUGUCUAUGGACUGUGACCAAAGGAGAUUUUUCAUACCUGUUUAUUUUUAAGUAGAAAUCAAAUCAGUUGGCUUUUAAA